AGCUGCCUGCUCGGGGAGGGGAGAGUCGUUCCUAACCCGUUGGCGUCGGGGCCGGGGCCGGGGCUCGGGGCCUCCUCCCCGGGCCCCCGGGCUCCGCCAUGAUCCGCAGGGCACGCCUUAGCGUGAAGCCGAAUGUCAGGCCGGGUGUCGGUGCCAGGGCCGCCGGCGCCGCCGUCCUUCCUCGUGGACGGGAGCCCCGCAGGCCGCCGGAGCCCGCUGAGCCCCCCGAAGUCCCCGAGCCCCCCGAGGCGCCCGCCGCCGAGCCCCCGGAGAAGGCGCCCGAGCGCAGUGAUGAAAAGAUUGAUGGUGGGAAUGAUGUUGAAGAAUCCAGUCAACCUCCUCCCGUUCCGCAGAGAAGAAAGCGAGUGUCAGGCACGUCUAGUGUCCUUAAGGCAGAUGUGACUGUUCCUUCAGAAUGUCCUCCUGUGUCCACCGCUAGUGAGGAUGCUGCACAGCCAAAGCCCGUUCCAGCAAAGGAGAAGGCGCCAUGCUCAGACCGCUACCGGAUAUACAAAGCCCAGAAGCUGAGGGAGAUGUUAAAAGAAGAGCUGCGCAAAGAGAAGAAACAGUGGAAGAACAAAUGUGCUGUAACUGAAUGCCAGAAGCCGCUGGAUCGUUCAAAGAUGACUAUGAGAGACUUCAUAUAUUACCUACCAGAGAGCAAUCCAAUGACUUCUUCACUGGAACAAGAAAAGAAAACGGAGAAAGCGUUGCCUUCAGUGCAGACAAGAGAUAGGCAAGAAAAUAAGAAUACUGCUGAUGCAGAUGGCAGUGAAGAAGUGGAAGAGGAGACGGAUGAGGGGCCAUUGCUGGUCCCUCGAGUGAAAGUGGCCGAAGAUGGUUCUAUUAUUUUGGAUGAAGAAAGUUUGACGGUAGAGGUUUUAAGGACAAAAGGCCCCUGUGUUGUUGAGGAGAAUGACCCUAUAUUUGAGCGUGGUUCUACAACUACAUACUCCAGCUUUAGGAAAAGCUGUUACUCUAAACCAUGGUCAAACAAAGAAACAGAUAUGUUUUUUCUAGCCAUCAGCAUGGUAGGAACUGACUUUUCUAUGAUUGGACAGCUUUUCCCUCACAGAGCAAGAACAGAAAUUAAGAAUAAAUUUAAACGUGAAGAGAGAACAAAUGGCUGGAGAAUUGAUAAAGCCUUCCAGGAAAAGCGUCCUUUUGACUUCGAUUUUUUUGCUCAUUUGCUUCAGAAAGUUCUUGCUGAGGAAGAGAAAAGAAAACAAAAGUCGGUUAAAAACCACAGUGUAAAGGAGAAGGAGGCCUCCAAAUCAACGAAACACGGGAAAGCAAAAAAAGUUGCCAGUGGAGAUGUCAUUGAUGGAGCAGAGGAGUCAGUGAGCGCGGUCGGGGUAGCAGGCUCUCCCAAGGGCGCUCAGGCAGCAGCAGAAGAGACUGCGAGCUCGGGACAGGCUUCAGAACAGGCCGUGUCAGGUCAGGAAAUCAGUCAGAAAAAAAGGAGAAGAAAGACUAAAGAUGAAACCAACAACAAAGAAGUAAAAAGUCCUUCGGAAAAUGCGAUGGUACAGUCUGGCCUUUCUAAAGGAGAAAAACGUAAGAGUAAGAGCUUGUCGCUCGAGCCUGCAGAAACGGAGGCUGUGUGCGGUGAGAAGCAAGAGUCAUCCUGUGUGCAGAGCGUGGAUGCCAGCAUAUGCCCAGUCUCCGGUCAGGAAGCCCCAGAGGACCCGGACGCCAGCCUUCCAUCCAGUGGUCACCCAGGGGCCCUGCCGGCGGCAGGCCAACCUUCAGGCUUCCCUUCGUCAGGAGUCGAAGCUUCAGCAGUGUGUGCGCCGAAUGAUGCCGAGGCUGGGUGUGCAGAAGAAACAGAUGUUGGCACAAAGAGUGAAUCCGCGAAUACGGAACAGACGGAAAAUGUUAAACCGGGAGUGAGAGGUCGGCUUCAGAGACCUAAACCCAGUCUGUCCAGGGCACUUGGGAAGAAGGCUGUUCUUCCACAAGCCGAAACAGGUGCUGAGAGGAAGAGUUCACCUUCUGAAACUUCUGUUGAUACGAGUCACGUGGAAAAGGCCACAAUGCCGAUGUGUGACGGGGAUGGGAUGGAGCGCCCUGAGAGCGAGAGCCUGCCGGCCGAGCCUGCCUCUCGGCUGGAUGAGAAAGCUUGUCUUCAGGAAGCCAGUGCACCCAAAGCCUUGAAACCUGCACGACUCACGCGGGGCCGCCUGCAAAGACCAAAGCCGAAUGUUGCUAACGUGCCUGAACGGAAGCCUCAGAUAUCACAAGAAAAUCUUGGAGCUGCUGCAGAAGAGACUCAGGCUGCACCCUGUGUUGAUGGUGGCAUUUCUCAACAAGUGGAAGAUCAGUCACGUGAGAGUGUGGAGUGUGGAGACGUCACAUCCGGGCCUGAGAGGAAAGACGGUUCUGGGGAGAUACCGUCAGAUGAGCCCAAGGCUGGCAGUGCCUCUCCAAGCGUUCAAGAGAAUAAUGAAACCGAUAUACUCAAACAAGUUCCCAGUCAAAGGACUAGAUUUCAGAAAGCCAAGCCAAAUAUAGUGAGAGGAGCUGCAAGAAGAGGAAUUUGUUCAAACAAAGUGGUCCCCGAGGAGAUUCUUGUCUCUGAGGACAUGACAGCAUCUUUGAGAGAAACUGUGAGACCAGACAGCUUGCCAAGCGGGGAGGUACUGGUGGAGGUCUCUGCUGCGAAGGGACUGGAGUCACAUACAGGAGAAGCUGGAGGAAGCAUCAUCUCUCCAAGGGAGAAAAUGCCAGAAGUGGAUGACGUCAUUGUAGAGAUGGAAGUGCACUCAGAAAUGACUGCAGGAGAGACUUCGCUCAGGGAGGAGGUGUCCGAGGGCGCAGGCACGGCUGUGCGGGAUGCCCACACGGGAGACGGACCCCCACAGGAAGACACCCCAGAGGAGCUCACAGUGACAGUUGACACGGAGGCAGAUUUGAAACGCAUUGAAAGAGAAGGGCCCCCGAGUGAGAUGUUACCAGAGAUGACUGACGCCAUGGAGGAAACAGAGGAAGUUCUGGAAGGAACAGAGUUGUCCACACAGACCAAGGCCCCUGAGGGGAUCACAGCUACAGGUGACAUGGAAACAGAUCCAGAAGGAGUUGGAGAAGUUUCCCAACGGGAAAAUGUACUGCUGGAGGCCAGUGAGGAAAUGGAGUUUCAUUUGGAAGAAAAUGGGAAAAAAGACAUUCCCCUAUCAGAAGAGGUACCAGGAGGGCUAACUGCUGCCCAGCACGCAGGGGCGACGUGGGAGCGGACUGGAGGAGCAGGGCCCUUGGAGGAGAGACCCUCCGAGGACAUGGUUGUUCCUGAGGGAGCUGGGGAGGAGAAGCCCGAGGAGACGAGCCCCGCAGGAGAAGCUGAGUUGGAUUCUCUACGGAGCAGCAGUGCCGACCGGAGAGCCACCGUGCCUCCCCCAGGGCCAGAGAGCGCUGGCAGUGAAGGACUGUCGGAGAUGUGCUCAAUGGCUGCGGAAGAAAACAGAAGUUCCGGGAAGGAAGGAUCGAGUCACUUCCCUGACUUGGAGACCCGCUCACAGAUUUCUGCCGACGUUACUGAAAAAGACAAGCGGGAGCUGCACCCUCCAGAUGCUGUGAAGCAAUUUUCAGAUGCCACCUUAAGCAUCUCUCUUCCUCAAGAGCAGAAGCCACUCGAAGUUAAACCGGCAUCCUUUGUGAGAAGUCGAUUCAAGAGGCCCAAACCAAACCUCGCGAGAGCAGUGUUAAAGAGAGAGGCUGCGGAGGCAGCCAAGUGUGUACCUGGGGAGGGAUCCGAGACUGGCACAGCGGAGGCCGGUGCGGCACCGCGGGACGGUCAGCAAGCUCGCAGCCCCCCUUGCCAACACGCUGUGGCUUCCCUCAUGACAUCAAAAGAAAAGGAUGCCAGUGCAAGGCUGCCCUGGUCAGAGCCUGCAAAGGGCCUGGCGCCUCCAGCCUCCUCCGAGCCUGCAGAGAGCGCUCAGUCAGCAGAAAUCCAGCCACAUGAUGCCAUCACUUCCAGUGGAAUCCAGAGUAAAAAUGCUAUUCAGCAAGAAACAAAGGAAAGUGUUACCCAAACUGUUCAACCAAUAAGGGGCCGACUUCAGAGACCCAGACCAAAUUUAAGAAAGGCUGCACAAAGAGAGAUCCAAAAAGGUGAAGCCAGAAGUGCGAUUCAGCAAGAAACAGCAGUAUUAAAAAAUGAUAAAGCUAACGAGAAGUCCCUGUGUGUGGCAAAUUCACAAAUUGGAGCUGAAAUUGAAGCUGUGUCCUGCAAAGUUUCAGAAUGCAGAAUUUAUGAAAAUGAAGGUCAUGAUGUGGUUCUUCCAGAAAAUGUUCAAGUUAACCAAAUAAAUAUUCUAGCUGAAGAGAUGAGACAUGAAAAUAAGCUGUAUGUUCCUAGUCCUGAACAAUUGAUAAAAGAGAAAUUCCAAACAACUCAGCCGGAUUUGGGAGCAGCACAGUGUGAGAAAGAGGAGCCAGAGGUGGAAAAAGACACAACCGAACAGCGUGAGGCGAGCAGCCCCGAAGACGGUGCCCAGCAGCCUGAUGCCCAGCAGCCUGGUGCCCAGCAGCUUGGAGCCCAGCAGCCUUGUGCCCAGCAACUCGGAGCCCAGCAGCCUGGAGCCCAGCAGCCUGGUGCCCAGCAGCCUUGUGCCCAGCAGCUUGGAGUCCAGCAGCCUUGUGCCCAGCAACUCAGAGCCCAGCAGCUUGGAGCUCAGCAGCCUUGUGCCCAGCAGCUUGGAGCCCAGCAGCUUGGAGCCCAGCAGCCUUGUGCCCAGCAGCUUGGAGACCAACAGCUUGGAGCCCAGCAGCCUGGAGCCCAGCAGCCUGGUGCCCAGCAACUCGGAGCCCAGCAGCCUGGUACCCAGCAGCCUUGUGCCCAGCAGCCUGGUUUCCAGCAGCUUGGAGACCAGCAGCUUGGAGCCCAGCAGCCUGGAGCCCAGCAGCCUGGUACCCAGCAGCCUUGUGCCCAGCAGCUUGGAGUCCAGCAGCCUUGUGCCCAGCAACUCGGAGCUCAGCAGCUUGGAGCUCAGCAGCCUUGUGCCCAGCAGCUUGGAGUCCAGCAGCCUUGUGCCCAGCAACUCAGAGCCCAGCAGCUUGGAGCUCAGCAGCCUUGUGCCCAGCAGCUUGGAGACCAGCAGCUUGGAGCCCAGCAGCCUUGUGCCCAGCAGCUUGGAGCCCAGCAGCUCGGAGCCCAGCAGCUUGGAGCCCAGCAGCCUUGUGCCCAGCAGCCUUGUGUCCAGCAGCCUUGUGUCCAGCAGCUUGGAGCCCAGCAGCUCGGAGCCCAGCAGCCUGGUACCCAGCAGCCUUGUGCCCAGCAGCUUGGUGCCCAGCAGCCUUGUGCCCAGCAGCUUGGAGCCCAGCAGCUUGGUGCCCAGCAGCUUGGAGCCCAGCAGCUUGGAGCGGCCGACCACCGGCUGCUUCCCAAGGAGAAGGCCGAGUUCCUGACAUCUCUGGAGGUUUGCACGAGAAAGGACGACACAAGUGCUGCGCAGUCCAGUGUGGCUGAGCGGGAUACUCGGCUGGGAGCUGGCGGAGAUGGCUGCCCGCACCCCGUUGCUGAGAGCCAGCCUCUCAGGACGCCAGCGAGCUGUCCACAACUGACCAAUGAAUCCGAUCACUGUAAGACUGCUUCUGAUCGAACGCUUGCCGUCUCUUCUGGCUCUGAGAGUAAGAUGGGUCAUAACAAAAGGAGAAUGCAAAGGAACAUCAAGCCAAAUGUCAGCAGAGGACGCGGAUGCAAGCGAAUCCGGGGUAGGACCUCCAAGAGGGAGCCCAAGACAUCCCGGUCCACACUGGUGACUCUGCGGGCUGGUCACGAAGAAGAGGAAGAUGAUGCUGAGGAUUUUGACUUCACCGAGGAAGAGCCCUGCCAUCUCGCCCCGGAGGAAGUCAACAAGGCUCCCGUGUUUGUGCCCUUGGGUCUCAGGUCUCCCGAGCCUGUUUCUGCUCAGAUUGAGGAAACGAUGGAAGAGUUUGAGAUUACCGUGAAUGUUCCAGACAUGGAAUGCAUCGUGGUUGUUGAACCUCAGCUCCCAAACACAGAUGUGACAGCUCAGGAAAUGAAACAAGAAGAAAAUGGGAAUGCAUCAUCACUUGAAGUGACCAGCAGUGUACAUACCCAAGAUGAGCCAGCUACCAAUGACGGAAGUGCUGAAGCUGCCAUAGCUUUGCUUACAAUGGGAGAUCUAGUGCUGCAAUCGGAGAUCGGUGCCGAACAGGGGGAUGUAGGUGUGUGUGUGCUUGCUGAUGCUCAUUUGGAGGAUAAGAGCCAUGCUCCCUUUAGUCCAGAUGAUGUCAAUGUCGGAGUCGUUGCUGAGUGUCGGGGUCUUGCUUCACCUGUCACCAGUACAGCUCUUGAAUCGCUUGAAGAAAACAAGAUUGUGUUGGAGGAGCAAAGUACGAGAGAAGAAGUUGGUCUAGUGGAAAAAGUCAAGGGAACUGCCACACCAACCAGGAGUGCAGUAUCUAAAAUGACCAGUAAUUUGAGAAUGAGAAGCAGAUUUGCCAGGCCGAAACCCAAUCUUAAGCAAGCUUCACGGACCAACAGGUUGCUUAAGGAAGAUGCCAGUUUGUGUGUAACCCAAGAGGUAGUAACAGAGUCUCAGAUUGAAACAGAAGAAAGUGCUUCCAAAACAGCAGAGGUGGAAGCUAGAAGCCUUGGACCAGUGACAGUAGCAGGGCGUGAGCAGCAGAGCAGGGUGGAAUGCGCCUGCGCUGGCAGUGAGACGGGUGUUGCCCAGGAAGCACACGUAGCUGAAAGAAAUGCAGAGGAAGAGGAAGGUUCAGAAGUGGUGCUGGUGCCACCUGUUGCUCCACUCGUUUCCUCCUUGGAGCCAGCUGUGCCCAUGCUCGCUCUCAGCCAGAUCUCUGGUGAGGGGCUCCUGAGGCAGGAGUCUGCAGGAGGUGGUGUGCUCACCCUUCAAGUGCCACAGCAGUGUACACCAGCUAAUGUUGCAGAAGUCCACCAGGGGAAUGUCAUCAGCUCUCAAGAUUUAACAGGCUUGAUGGCUGCUGACAUCCGUCAAGAAGACGAGCAGGCAUUCAUUCUGACUCUGGUGGAAAUCCCAACCAGCGCAGCCGCAGAAUUUACUGACACCACUGCCCAAUCAGUGCCAGCCUCCUUGCUGCCAGCACCCAUCUUGGUCAAGUCAGCGAGCUCUGAAGAAAGGGCUGACGGGAGUGUGAAUUUACCGGUAGCGUCACUUCAUCAAGGUGCCAUGUGUUUACCAGUUUCUGGGAGAGAUGGUUCUGAGAAGUCUCCUGCUAAUUUGGAUCUCACCACUAGAAAGAGGUUUCAUUGCAGCCUUGAGGAGAGCGAUCAGGCUCCCCCUGCCAAAAAGAGUUCACUCACUUCAAGAAUUCUUCAUCAAGAAUACGCCUCUGGGGUAUGCUCAACGGAAUUAAUAAAUGUUUUGGAUGAAACAGGGGAGUCCUGUAAGGGUCGAGCUGGUUCCCCCUCCCUGGGAAGCUCAGUGCAUCCAGACCCUGCAAAGGAACACCUGGAGUCAGCUUGCCAAAGUCUGGCGCCUGGAACUGUCAAUGAAAUCACCAGCCCACAUGGCGAGAAAAGUGUGCCUCAGUGUGCUCGGGUUGAGGUGACCCAGGAAGAAAGAACAGAUGCUGCCUGUGCGUCCCCGUGGAUGGAGGACAAGAUGCCCGCCACGAAACCGCCCCUGUCCAGACCUCACAGAAAACCCCUGGGAUUUUUAUCUUUAAUAUGUUCAAAAAAAACCAGUCUGGGGUCUGAUGAGCCCGCUCAAGUCCACAGAAAGAAGCGCCUGAAACCUCUGAUCCCUGCAGCAAGACAGAGUGUAAAGAGGUCUGACCCACCAAGUGAGAUCCAGGAGACCAGUCAGGAGUCCUGUGACGCUCUGCCAGCUCUGAGCAUCAGUGCUGGGGCCCAGCAUCGAGAGACCAGGCAGGAACCCUGUGACGCGCUGCCAGCUCCGAGCGUCAGUGCCGGGGCCCAGCAUCAAGAGACCAGGCAGGAACCCUGUGACGCGCUGCCAGCUCCGAGCCUCAACGCCAGGGCCCAGCAUCGAGAGACCAGGCAGGAACCCUGUGACGCACUGCCAGCUCCGAGCAUCUACACCGGGGCCCAGCAUCAAGAGACCAGGCGGGAACUCUGUGACACAUUUCCAGCUCCGAGCGUCUACACCGGGGCCCAGCAUCAAGAGACCAGGCAGGAACCCCAUGACGCGCUUCCAGCUCUGAGCGUCUACACCGGGGCCCAGCAUCAAGAGACCAGGCAGGAGUCCUGUGACACGCUGCUAGCUCCGAACGCCAAUGUUGGGUCCCAGCCUCAGGAGACCAGGCAGGAAUUGCGUGAUGCGCUUCCAUCUCCAAGCGUGGAUGCCAGAGGUCAGCCUCAGGAGACCAGGCAGGAGUCCUGGGAUGCGCUUCCAGCUCCAAGCGUGGAUGCUGAGUCCCAGCCUCAGGAGACCAGGUGGGAGUCCCGUGACACACUUCCAGCCCCGAACGCCGACGCUGGGUCCCAGCCUGAGAAUCCUGGCGAGUCAGCGGCCCAGGUGCAGGUGUCUUGUGAUGAAGCCCCCCGGAGAGGGGAAUGUCAGAGCGGGCAGCACGCGGCGCCUGCUGAGGAGCCGACCACCGUCUCCGAGUAUUUCUUCAAUGAUAUCUUCAUUGAGGUGGAUGAAGCAGAAUGAGACAGCCUUGGGCCUUGUUUCUUUUGAAAAAGGCUGAUAUUUACGGACUGAAUUACAUCCACAGAGCAGUUUCCAGAGAGAGAAAAAUCACUGUUUUUGGUUUAGAUUGCUUUUGCCUGUUUGCUGAGCUUGGCUGGAAGCUUUUGUAAUCGCUGGAAAGGAUCGCUUGAGGCCCCUUCCUUCCGACUGAGCUUUCUCCGACAGACGCGCCCCUCGUGUUCACAUGCCGAGCCCCCCGGUUCCGGAGCGUCACGUGGAGAUCUCAGAGCCCCUGGCUGUGGGGUGGUCCUGUUUAGCUUAGUGAACUUCUUUUCU